AUGUCGUCGACCGUGUCGAUCAAUCCCGCGGCCGCUCACGCGACCAUGUCGUUCGUCACCGCGGCCGCCAGGACGGCCUUCCAGUCCAGCCGGCUCCGGUACGUCAAGAUGGACGAAGCAAACGAAGACAUCAAGGCCUUCAUGCCCCAGGUGGAGGAUGAUCCAGUUACUCAGUGCUUAGCGAACCCGUCCCUUUUCCGGCCACAGGGGAAGAAGGAAAUCGAUUACUCAACACAGCAGUUUGCGAAGUCCUUGUUGGGCGUUGCGAUUUGUCUUCUGCCGGAGGAGGAGACGAAGCAAAAUAUGGAUGGAAAUGCAACAUCGUCCAACACCAGCGGCAAUGUGGCCACCGGCGAUCAAACCAACGGCAAGAAGACGGGCAAGACAGGCACAAUCGUUGGGAUCAUGUGUUUGGGAUGGGGAGGCAUCCCUGCAGCGACGGCGCACCAUCGCAAUGCGCAAUUGGGCAUCGUCUUGGCCGAUGCGUACCAGGGCCGUGGGUACGGGCGUGAAGCCAUCAACUGGAUGCUCGACUGGGCAUUUCACCAUGGCGGAUUGCACACAGUCAGCCUCGUAACGUACUCUUUUAACGAGCGAGGGCUGCAUCUCUACACCGAUAUCGGCUUCCAUCUCGAAGGACGACGGCGGCAAGUGGCAUGGUUCGACCGGAAAUGGUACGACGAGCUGCUGUUUGGCAUGACAGAAGAAGAAUGGGAAAGACUAAGGGGUCUGAAGUAG